GGCAUGGCGGGCUGGUGGCGGGCGCUCCCGCGCGCCGUCCGGCGUUACCCGUGGCCCACGAACGUGCUGCUCUACACCGCGCUCUUCUCGGCUGGCGAUGCGCUGCAGCAGCGCCUGAGGGGUGGCCCCGCCGACUGGCAGCAGACGCGGCGCGUGGCCACCGUGGCCGUGGCCUUCCACGCAAACUUCAACUACGUGUGGCUGCGCCUGCUGGAGCGCGCAAUGCCAGGCCGCGCGCCGCGUGCGGUCCUGGCCAAGGUGCUGUGCGACCAGGCGCUCGGUGGGCCGGUGGCGAUCUCUGCCUUCUACGCUGGUAUGAGUAUUCUCCAGCGAAAGGACGACAUAUUUUUGGACCUGAGACAGAAAUUCUGGAAUACAUAUAUGAGUGGUCUGAUGUACUGGCCUUUUGUACAGAGAUCCUCCCGUUCUUCUGGAUGCCCUGUCCUGCAUUCUCUCCAACUUAGUGCUGUAUCUUCCAGAUCAGAUCUCAUCUCUUCCUCACCUCUCCAAACUCCCAUUCUCUCCUGUGACUGACUUGAGCUACAUUUAGAAAAGUAGGUUUAUUAAGCUAACUCACUGAGAUGCGGAUGACAGCCUUUAUGGCUAAGUUGUUUUGUUUUUUCUUAAUUGCUAACAAAAACGAAUCUCUGGAUGGAAUUUUAGGAACUAUUGCUGUGCUGAAAGGAGGUAGAAAAAAAGGGUAUAUUUUUGUCAGGAGACUUCUGAUACACUUUACAUUAUGACGUUCACUUCCCAUUGCAUUAAAACCAGCCAUGCACUUCAACUAAAAAAUUGAAGAGAAAAAAAAAAAAAAAAAAAAACGAAACACCAGCCAGGCAAAGAUCAUUGCAAUGUAUUGUGAAACUUUCCACAAUGGAUGAUCUUUAUCUGUUUGCAUGUUUGUAUUCCCUACCGGACUGAGCUACUGGAAGGAAGAAUAUAUUUCUUAUUCAUAUUUGUCUCUGAAACGUCCCACACAGUGUCCAGCACAUGGUGGAAACUCUAACACUGUUGAGUGACUGAAGGUAAUUUGUGGAUUUCUCAUCUGUCAUUUUCUUCGGCCCAGACUGGUGCUGAGGAGUCUGGACUGAUGGUCCUUUCAUCUUCACCCCGUAUUCAGGCAGCUGUCCUGUCUUACGCUCAGCACAGCCCAGACCUUCACAUGCUUUGGCCCCAGGCCUAGAAAAUUGUGUUUUCUUGGAGAUGGUUAAGACUUGUGGGCUUUGAUGCCCUGACAUAAACCUCCAAAAACCAUCUCUUCACACCCCUCCCCAGCUCUGCAAAGCCUGUAUUGUUUGUUUUUGAGAAUUGGAUAAAAUCAUGGUAGUUGGGCCUUCUCCAAACCACUAAAUUACCCUUUGUGAUGGUUAAUUUUAUGAGUCAACUUGACUGGGCCACAGGGUUAUUUGGACAAAAAUUACUCUGGGUGUUUCCCUGAAAGUGUUUUUGGAUGAGAUUAGUAUUUAAAUUGGGGGUGGGGAGGGUAUAGCUCAGUGGUAGAGUGCAUGCCUAGCAUGCAUGAGGUCCUGGGUUCAAUCCCCAGUACCUCCAUUAGAAAUAAACAAACAAACAAACAAACCUGAUUACCUCCCCCUACCCCCAAAAGUAUUUAAAUUGGGAGACUGAGUCAAGCAGAUUGUCCUGCCUAAGGCCUCGUCCACUCAGUUGAAGGCCUGAAUCGAACAAAAAGACUGGCCUCCUCCCAGGUAAUAGAAUUCUUACUGCCCAACUGCCUUCAAACUGGGACAUUGGCUUUUUUCCUACCUUUGGACUUGAAACAUAGGCUCUUCCUGUGUCUCAAGCCUGUCGGCCUUCACAUGGGAGCUGCAGUGUCAGCUUGCCUGGUUCUCAGACCUACAGACUCAGCAUGGAACUUAAUUAAAUUCUCUGGGGUGUCCAGCUUGCUGCCUCGCCCUGCAGAAUUUGAGCCUUGCCCGCAUAAUCAUGUGAGCCAAGCCUUAUAAUAAAUCUCUUUCUCUCUACACACAAUCCUAUUGCUUCUGUCUCUCUGGAGAACCCUGAAUAAUAUCCCCCCUUUAUGUAUGUUAGUAUUCCAUAGUUUGUGGUUCAUGCUCUGUGGCUGCCUGUGGGUGAUGACCACCAGCUCACAACUGUUACAGAUUUACUCUGCACAUCACUUUCUGGGAGCCCUGAAAUCAUAAUAUGCAGGUGGUCAUCCACUCCUACUCCACUCAUACUCCUCUGUAUAGGACAACACAUCUGUAUGACCUGAAAAUGGAAAUUCAGCCAGAUAGCCAGGUCACUGCCAAAUAACAGAACUGACUACAUUUUCACUUUAGGUUGACAGUGGAUGGGAGAUGUAGGUUGUGAAUUCUGUGAAUAUGGGGGACUGAGAAUUAAUUCCAGUUAGACGGUAAGCCGUUUUGGAGCUGAGACCAUCUCAGUGCUUGAUUAUGCUUCCUAGUGAAGGGCUCGGUCAAGACUGAUACUCUACCUCGAUACUGAGGUCAGAUAGUUGCUCAGACACCUGCUAUGUCUGAAUACUGCCUUUUUAGUAUUCACGAUGAAUAACUAUUUGUUCAUUUUUUAAUACUCAUAUCUGUGUCCUGUCCCUCUGAGCCAUGGAGCUAGACUACUCUUUUUUCAUAUUUUGGGUGGAAAGGAUUGUAAAAGCAAUACCAGUUGUUUCACUUCAAAAUUUAAACGUUAUGUAUGGAUAUAAAAUUUUGGGUGCAAUGUGAUUUCGUGUAAUGAAAAAUAAAUGAAUUUUAGUUAAA